ACGACACCGUAAGGGACGGACCUUUCCGGUUCGGCUUUUCUUGAAGCCAAAGACAGGGCUGAUAGAUCUAAAAGAAACAAAAUAUAACUGGUUCGUCGAGACCUUCUUCUUUCCUCGCUAACGCUCAAUCUCAGUUCUGUUUGAUUUCAUCUGAAUACUACACCAUGUCGAGAUUUUCUCCGUACGACAACAACGGCGGAUCCUGUGUUGCGAUUGCUGGAGCAGAUUACUGCGUUAUCGCUUCGGAUACUCGGAUGUCCACCGGCUACAAUAUUCUCACCCGGGAUCACUCCAAAAUCUACAAGCUGUAGGUGUUCGAGCCUCGAUUUUCUUCCUUAGCUCAAUUUGUCAUUUACCCCCGCUUCUCGUGGUUUAAGAAUGAUAGGUUUGAUUCCUUGUGGUGUCAACUGGAAUGUGUCGGAUGCAUGAGUUUUGCAAUGGGUAGAUACUCUAGGUUUCUUUUCUCGUUGUUGUUGUAUUGUGCGUGUGGGUUAUGCGAAUUUUGGUUUACGCUGCAAUUAGGAACUAAUCUGGUCUAAGUUGAGAUCUUAAUCCGAGUCAGGCAUCAGGCUUCUAACAAGGGCAUUGGUAGCAAUUGAGCGUGCGAAUCAUGCUUUAUGUACUUUUGAGCGGACAAAUGUAUAUUAGCUUCUUCCGGGUUUCAAGCUGAUAUGAAGGCCUUGCAAAAGUUGUUGGCCGCCAGGCACCUGAUCUAUCAGCAUCAACAUAACAAGCAAAUGAGCUGCCCUGCAAUGGGUCAACUACUAUCCAACACUCUGUACUACAAACGCUUCUUCCCUUACUACACCUUUAAUGUUCUAGGUGGCCUUGAUAACGAAGGAAAGGGAUGUGUUUACACGUACGAUGCUGUUGGUUCCUAUGAGAGGGUCGGUUACAGCGCCCAGGGCUCUGGUUCUGUGCUUAUCAUGCCUUUCCUUGACAACCAGUUGAAGUCUCCAAGCCCUCUCUUGCUGCCUGCACAGGAUGCUGUGACUCCACUUUCACAAUCUGAAGCAAUUGAUUUGGUGAAAACUUGUUUCGCUUCUGCAACUGAGAGAGACAUCCACACUGGGGACAAUCUUGAGAUAGUGGUGCUCAAUGCUGGUGGCAUUCAUCGAGAAUUUAUGCCGUUGAGACGAGACUAGACCGGUGGUCUGUCUUAGAAGAGUUGAGGCUAAUGGAACGGCCAUUGUAGGGGAGGGUUAUCGUGGAAUGGAAGGGUGUUGUAGCUCUUUCUAAAAAGAUGAUACAAAAUGGGACAAUUGAUAUUUAUGCGCUGGCUUUGUUUGUAACUUUAGACUGUCAGCAGCUGACGUUUUAGGAGUAAAGAGCUGUUGAUUGUGCUUUUGACGUGGUGUGUCAGAAGCUUUUGCGUUGUGGUGAUGGAAUUUAAGCGUUGUUUCCAUGUCACUCUAUUCGUCGAAGGGAUGGGAUUCAGAAGUGGUUUUCAGAAGUCCAUCCUUUCUUCUCCAGCUCCUGCCUCAGAGCCUUGAUUCGUUUUCGGUUGGCAUAAAAGUCGAAGUCCCCCAAUCUUGACGCAGAACGAUACUCGACAGUCGAUUUGCUACCUGGUGGGAACCAGAACUCGACGUCGUCAACCAAC